AUGAGCAGCACAGCCCCCUCAGCCCACGACGACUUACUCUCCCUCCCCCACCGCUUACCCCGUCCACCACACCCACACCCCCCACCCCCCUCCACGGCCUCUACAGCCUACACCGGCAGCUUCCUCGACGAUGGCGCCGACCUCCUCACCGCCACGCAGCCCGGCUUCGGUCCCAUCAACACACGCUUCUACAAGUCGCGUCGACGGCACCCUACACCGCACGAGGGCGACGAAGGGUGGAACGCCGAUGUGGCGCGCGCAGUGGGCGGGGACGUUGCGAGGUGUCUGGCCGGAGCGCAGGCGCUGGGGGAGAUUUGGGGGAGGGGCGAGGAUGGAGAUGACAGUGCAGAUGAUAACACGAAAGAGAGGAGCGAUGAGAAGAGGGGGAGGGGUGAUGAGAGGAUGAAGGAGAGAGAGAGGCAGAGGGAGGAGAGGAGAAAGGAUAGAGAGAGGCGAAAGAGGGGUGUAGUGACUGUCCCCGCGCCAUUGCACUGGGGGACUUUUGUGAUCAAGAGCGGAGAUGGGAGGGUGGUUGUUGUGGGGAGGGACGGGGAGUGGGACUCUGGACCUGUUGCUGCCGGUGCGGGAGAGCACGGAAGACAGCAGCACGAUAGAGGGAAAGAGACGGACAAGGAAGAGGAGCUGGAGAAGGAGAAGCGCAAGCGAGAGGCAAGGCUGUGGAUCAGAGCGCCCAGCACCCCGACCGCGUCUCUUGCACCCUCACCCACCAGACCAACAAACAGCGAGAGGGGCACCGGAAGACACGCACGCGGCGAGCGCGCCUCAUCGUCUGCGUCUGUAUCUGCCUCCACCUACACCUACGACUCCUUCACCACGUCCACCGUCGCGUCCCCGCUUGCCUCCCAAACGCAGUUCUUCAUGACCGGCGGCCUGGGCGGUUGGCCUGAGAGCACGGCGACGCCGGAACCAGAGUCCAAGACGCCAGAGCAUGGAACGAAAGAGCAGAAACCCCCAAAGCACAAGCGGACGGUGCCGCAUGCGAUUACAUGGGCCGAGACGCCGAUGGGCGGGUGGGGUGCCGCGGCGACAGCGACAGGCAAGGAGACAGAACCAUGGAGUCCCACGCCACGCAGAAAACACAAGGCCAGGAGCCUCUCCACAUCCACAACACGCACGACCACUCCACCGCUUCGCCCCGCAAACGCACACUGACCCCCCGAUAUCGUGGAGGUCACAUACACCACACCCUCCCCCUCCGCCUCCUCCCUCCACCCCGCCUACCCGCCCCCAGACAUCGUGGAGGUCACAUACGCG